AUGGCGGCUGUUUCGUCCAUGUUCCAGAAGCUCAGCAUUUCCUCUCUGAGCAGCUCCGCCGCUCUCUCCGGCGCGGCUCUCCCCGCCGCCUCCGCUAGGGUUUCGUUCGCUCCCACCACCCGCAGCGCGCCGCUGACCAUCGAGGCUGCGCACAAGAAGGGGUCCGGUAGCACGAAGAACGGUCGCGACUCCAAGGCUAAGCGGCUAGGCGUCAAGGUGUACGGCGAUCAGCCGGCCAAGGCAGGGAGCAUUAUCGUUCGCCAACGUGGCACAACGUUCCACGCGGGCACCAACGUCGGCGUGGGCAAGGACUACACUCUGUAUUCGCUAGUGGAUGGCCUCGUGAAGUUCGAGCUGUAUGGCCCCGACAAGAGGAAGAAGGUGAGUGUGUACCCGGCGACAGAGGAGAAGCAGGAGAACCCCGAUUCCCGGAAGGUGAGGAACCGGGAGAAGUUCCGGCAGCAGAGGGAGAAGAGGCGGGCGCGUCUGGCGGCAGCAGAGGAGGCUUUCAUGUUCGCUGCCGCUCGACUCAAAUUCGCAAUGGAGGUAGACGCGCCUUCGCAGAACGCAGCGAAAACGGCGACACCGCCGACGAAUGCGCCGGCGGCGGGAAAGCUGCCGGCGAAGCCGAAAUUCACAGCGCUGACGGCGGCGGAAAUGGGGGGAAGCAAGUUCGAGUUCCGCAAGAUUCCCGUGCCGCCGCAUCGGUACACUCCGCUGAAGGAGCGGUGGAUGGACAUAUACACUCCGGUGUUCGAACAAAUGAAGAUCGACAUUCGCAUGAACCUUAAAGCGCGCAAGGUGGAGCUGAAGACGCGGAGGGACACGGCGGACCCGUCGGCGCUGCAGAAGUGCGCCGACUUCGUGACGGCCUACAUGAUGGGGUUCAGCCUCACGGACGCCAUCGCCAUGCUGCGUAUCGAUGACCUCUAUAUCGAGUCGUUCGAGAUCAAGGAUGUGAAAACGCUACGAGGAGAGCACUUAUCCAGAGCCAUCGGGCGGCUGUCGGGUAAAAACGGCAAGACCAAGUUCACCAUUGAGAAUGCCACACGGACGCGAAUAGUGAUUGCCGAUUCCAAGAUCCACGUGCUUGGGGCGUACGCUAACAUUCGAGUGGCGCGGGACGCGCUCUGCUCGCUCAUUCUUGGCUCGCCAGCUGGCAAGGUGUACUCGAAGCUGAGAACAGUGGCGGCGAGGUUGUCGGAGAGAUGA